AAAGAUGAUGACAUUGAAGAGGGGGAUCUUCCUGAGCACAAGAGGCCUCCAGCACCAAUAGAUUUCUCAAAAAUUGAUCCAGGCAAGCCUGAAAGUAUCCUGAAGCUGACGAAAAAGGGGAAGACUUUGAUGAUGUUUGUCACGGUGUCGGGAAAUCCCACAGAAAAGGAGACGGAAGAAAUUACUAGCUUGUGGCAGGGCAGUCUCUUCAAUGCAAACUAUGAUGUGCAGAGGUUUAUUGUUGGCUCAAAUCGUGCCAUCUUUAUGCUACGUGAUGGUGGUUAUGCCUGGGAGAUCAAAGACUUCCUGAUAAGUCAAGAAAGGUGUGCAGAUGUUACUCUGGAAGGUCAGGUUUAUCCUGGGAAAGGAGCAGAAGAAAGUGAGAAAGUGAAAAACAAAACAAAACCUGAAAAAGUAAAGAAGAAAAAAGAUGUGGACAAGAAAUCUAAUAAUAUCAAAGAGGACAACCGCAACCAAGCAGAGGGAGGAUCUAUGAUGGAUGCAUUAACCAGACUGAAUACUGCUCUGCUGGUCCUUGAAGAGAAAUUAAAUUUCAAUACAAUUCCUGGCUUUAUUGGGGGGAAGGAAGGAAGCCGAGAUCACUGAGGUUAAAAGACUUCUAUCUUGAAAUACACCAGUUUACUUAUUAAUGUUGGCCAUUUGUUUAGUUACAG